AUGUGUUCGGAUGCCGAGGAAUGUGUUUGGAUGCUGAAUAAUGUGUUCGGAUGUCGAGUAUUGUGUUCGGAUGUCGAGUAUUGUGUUCGGAUGCCGAGUAUUGUGUUCGGAUGCCGAGGAAUGUGUUCAGAUGCCGAGGAAUGUGUUCAGAUGCCGAGGAAUGUGUUCGAAUGCCGAGUAACGUGUUCGGAUGCCGAGACAUACGCUUCUGUCUCUACCCCUGUCACUAUUACUGUAUCUCCACCUGUCACUAUUACUGUAUCUCCACCUGUCACUGUUACUGUAUCUCCACCUGUCACUAUUACUGUAUCUCCACCUGUCACUGUUACUGUAUCUCCACCUGUCACUAUCACUGUAUCUCCACCUGUCACUAUCACUGUAUCUCCUCCUGUCACUAUCACUGUAUCUCCACCUGUCACUAUCACUGUAUCUCCACCUGUCACUAUCACUGUAUCUCCACCUGUCACUAUCACUGUAUCUCCACCUGUCACUAUUACUGUAUCUCCACCUGUCACUAUCACUGUAUCUCCACCUGUCACUAUCACUGUAUCUCCACCUGUCACUAUCACUGUAUCUCCACCUGUCACUAUCACUGUAUCUCCACCUGUCACUAUCACUGUACCUCCACCUGUCACUAUCACUGUAUCUCCACCUGUCACUAUCACUGUACCUCCACCUGUCACUAUCACUGUAUCUCCACCUGUCACUAUCACUGUAUCUCCACCUGUCACUAUCACUGUAUCUCCACCUGUCACUAUCACUGUAUCUCCACCUGUCACUAUCACUGUAUCUCCACCUGUCACUAUCACUGUAUCUCCACCUGUCACUAUCACUGUAUCUCCACCUGUCACUAUCACUGUAUCUCCACCUGUCACUAUCACUGUAUCUCCACCUGUCACUAUCACUGUAUCUCCACCUGUCACUAUCACUGUAUCUCCACCUGUCACUAUCACUGUAUCUCCACCUGUCACUAUCACUGUAUCUCCACCUGUCACUAUCACUGUAUCUCCACCUGUCACUAUCACUGUAUCUCCACCUGUCACUAUCACUGUAUCUCCACCUGUCACUAUCACUGUAUCUCCACCUGUCACUAUCACUGUAUCUCCACCUGUCACUAUCACUGUAUCUCCACCUGUCACUAUCACUGUAUCUCCACCUGUCACUAUCACUGUAUCUCCACCUGUCACUAUCACUGUACCUCCACCUGUCACUAUCACUGUAUCUCCACCUGUCACUAUCACUGUACCUCCACCUGUCACUAUCACUGUAUCUCCACCUGUCACUAUCACUGUACCUCCACCUGUCACUAUCACUGUACCUCCACCUGUCACUAUCACUGUAUCUCCACCUGUCACUAUCACUGUACCUCCACCUGUCACUAUCACUGUAUCUCCACCUGUCACUAUCACUGUACCUCCACCUGUCACUAUCACUGUAUCUCCACCUGUCACUAUCACUGUAUCUCCACCUGUCACUAUCACUGUACCUCCACCUGUCACUAUCACUGUAUCUCCACCUGUCACUAUCACUGUAUCUCCACCUGUCUUUAAUAUCUCAGAGUUCUCGUCUCGUCUUGAAAGGGAGAGGAAAUAA